AUGUAUCUUAGCUUCGUUGUUUUGACCGCCAUUUUAACGGAUUCUCGUAUAUACGUUGAUUCUGUAUGUGCUGCACGUAAUAAGCCAUUUGUGUCGUUAAACAGAAAUGCUAUUGUCUUCCGAAAUGCGGCCUUUGCUCUAUGUGUCCACAAACCUUCCUCGCGCUUGCCUCUUAGUGCAGUUAACGAUGUAGAUUCCGAUGACCAUGAAGAUCUUAUCGACGUAUCUUCUGUGUCUGCAGAGAAUAAGGACUCGCCGAAGGACGUCCGAGUUCGCUUUGCGCCUUCACCUACUGGAAGGCUUCAUGUCGGCAAUCUGAGGACCUUCAUCUACAACUACCUCUUUGCUCGCAAGCACAGUGGCACGCUCAUACUGAGGAUUGAUGAUACUGAUGAUAGUCGAGAGGAGAGCGGAUCUUUCGAAACGAUCAUUUCGGACCUAAAAUGGUUGGGAUUUUCCUGGGAUGAGGGCCCAGGAGGAAACGUCAAGACGGAAGGAUAUCAGCAAUCUAAGCGACAGGAUGUUUACAGGGAGGUGGCUGAACUGCUGCUGCAGACAGGCAAGGCGUAUCGUUGUUUUUGCACACAAGAGGAGGUACAGAAUCGGAGGAAGAAUGCAAAAGAACGAGGAAUCGAACUCAGCUACGACAAGCAAUGCUCACACCUCGAGGCGGCUGACGUGAAUUCAAAACUACUCAGUGGAAUGCAAUACACCGUUCGCCUUCGCAACGAUGAGCUUAACGAGGACAUCAUUUUGCUGCGGUCAAAUGGCACCGCGACAUACAACUUUGCAUGUGCCGUGGACGAUCACCGCCACGAAAUCAGCCACGUCAUUCGGGGAGUCGACCACCUGACCAACACGCAAUGGCAAACUUGCGUCUUGCACGCCGUAGGCACAGCGCUGCCGACAUAUGUUCACUGCGCACUGAUGCGGAACAAGGACCUCACCAAAUUAGCGAAGCGAUCUGAAGAUUCAGUCACCAUAUCAGACCUGCGGUAUGUUCCCAAGAUGGCCACCUCACCCUUUCUUAGCGACCUGGGUAUCUGCAAGUUGCCCAUCGUGAACUAUUUGGCAAUGCUGGGCACCAAGUAUUCCGAUGACCCUGAAUGCCGUGAUUUCGAUCAGCUGGCAGAGCUGUUCGACGUCGACCUGUUGAGCAGAGCCCCGAUAUCUUUCGACAUGGCCAAGCUAAAAUGGCUCAACCGGAACUACAUCACCGGCCUGCCCUACCUCGCCUUCGUCGACCAGCUACGGACGUUCCUAUCGGAGGCAUCGGACCUGAAUCUUUCUAUGCCAGCAGAAAAGUUCUUAAGCCUAGUAAUGGGGGCUCCUCCAGCGCUAAAAAAGGGCGUCGACACGAUGCGGGACUUCGUGUCAGUGAUCGAGUCGUCGCUGCGUUACAAGCCUCCACGCUUCGUGGGCACCGACAGCUAUGGAUAUGGAGGGUACUUCCUGAACAACGAAUCGCAGAAGUUCCUAGACACGUUCGUCGAGUGGGCUCAACAGCUCGUCGCAGCCAGGUGGGUUGGAGUAAACUACCAUGCAACUGGUAACAGCGAUGUGGGACAGUGUUUAUACAAACUGAUGAAUGAUUUGCUACAUAGCGAAGAGUUUGACGCGAUUGAAGGCCACGAACAUCUGCCAGUGGUCCGCUACGCGUUCACCGGUGAGACGCAAGGACCGCCGCUGACGGCGCUGAUCGAGUUGUGGCGAGUCGCACAGCAGCUGUCGGUCACGGGUUUCGUGCCGCUGCGGGACCGAAUUCGGCAAUUGACACAGGUGGACCCCUCCGCCGCUGACCCAGUGGCCGAACGGCUAUAUUCACCCUAA